UUUCCGGCAGAGAUUUGAAUUUUAGAUGUGUUGCUCUUUCCAUGUGCAUCUGAUUUUCUUCUAACAUCUUUCUUACUGUAGAUGGGGUGUUAAGAAGCCUCAAAUCAUGAAAAAUUUUGUCACGAUCUUGUCGAAUGCAGGUCUUGGGAUGGCCAUGUUCGGUCUCGGUAAGAUCAUUGAUAUGCUCAUCAUGUUCAGUCUCGGUAAGAUCAUUGAUAUGCUCAUUCGACGUGAGGGGUGUCAUCAAGAAAUAUGACAGUCCCGAACAAAUUCUUGAAGAAUUCUUUCAUUUAAGACUUGAGUUCUAUGUAAAGAGAAAGAAAGUAAUGUUGGAUAAUCUUGAAAUAAAGCUGUUGAGAUUGUCUAACAAAGUCAGAUUCAUCAUUGGGGUGGUAGAAGGAGAGAUUAUUGUGAGUAACAGGAAGAGAGCAGAUCUGGUCCUCGAGUUGCAGUAGAAGGGUUUCACACCGUUUCCUAAAACCAAAGGCGUUGAUACCAGCGAGGCAAUGGAAACAGAAGAAAAUGAAGAGACACCGGAGGUGGGAAUAGUUGUAAGAGCAAGUGAUUAUG